GGCUCCGAGGCGCCUGCGCGGUAGCUCCGCGGUAAUUGGGGCAGUUUCUUCCACCCGCGCGAGGGUGUUUCGGCCUUGCGGUUUGUGUGCGCGGCCGUUCGCCUUCGCCUCCUCCGCGCCCGAGCGGGUUCGCAGGCUCCCGAGUCCUUCCCGCUGCUCGCCACCGACUCCCCGCCGCGGCGUGACUCUCAGGACCAAAAUGAGUCUGUUUGGAACAACCUCGGGUUUUGGAACUAGUGGGACCAGCAUGUUUGGCAGCACAAGCACAGAUAACCACAACCCUAUGAAGGAUAUUGAAGUAACAUCCUCUCCCGAUGACAGCAUUGGUUGUCUAUCUUUCAGCCCACCAACCUUGCCUGGGAACUUUCUUAUUGCAGGAUCCUGGGCUAACGAUGUUCGCUGCUGGGAAGUUCAAGAUAGUGGACAGACGAUUCCAAAAGCCCAGCAGAUGCACACGGGGCCUGUGUUAGAUGUCUGCUGGAGUGAUGAUGGGAGCAAAGUAUUUACAGCGUCAUGUGAUAAAACUGCCAAAAUGUGGGACCUCAACAGUAAUCAAGCAAUACAGAUAGCACAGCACGAUGCUCCUGUGAAAACCGUACAUUGGAUCAAAGCACCAAACUACAGCUGUGUGAUGACUGGGAGUUGGGAUAAGACUCUGAAGUUUUGGGAUACACGAUCAUCAAAUCCUAUGAUGGUUUUGCAGCUGCCUGAAAGAUGUUACUGUGCUGAUGUGAUCUACCCUAUGGCCGUGGUGGCAACUGCAGAGAGAGGACUGAUUGUCUACCAGUUAGAGAAUCAACCUUCUGAGUUCAGGAGGAUAGAAUCUCCACUGAAACAUCAGCAUCGAUGUGUGGCUAUUUUUAAAGACAAACAGAACAAGCCGACUGGCUUUGCCCUGGGAAGCAUUGAGGGCAGGGUUGCUAUUCACUACAUCAACCCCCCAAAUCCUGCCAAAGAUAACUUUACCUUCAAAUGUCACCGCUCGAACGGAACCAAUACCUCAGCUCCUCAGGACAUCUAUGCGGUAAACGGGAUCGCUUUCCAUCCUGUCCAUGGCACCCUUGCAACUGUGGGUUCUGAUGGUAGAUUCAGCUUUUGGGACAAAGAUGCCAGAACGAAACUAAAAACUUCAGAACAGUUAGAUCAACCGAUAUCGGCUUGCUGCUUCAAUCACAAUGGAAAUAUAUUUGCCUACGCUUCCAGCUACGACUGGUCAAAGGGACAUGAAUUUUAUAAUCCCCAAAAGAAAAAUUACAUUUUCCUGCGUAAUGCAGCCGAAGAGCUAAAACCCAGGAAUAAGAAGUAGUGGCCAGAGACUUCUGGGUUGUCCAGAGUUGUUUCCUCUCCACUCUGCCUCAUCUUUGUACGGAUUUGGGUCCCAGUGUUUGGUAGGUUGUCAGCCCUGGAUGUGGAUUUCAAGCCCCGGAGGAAACAAUGUCCUUGAUCAGCAGUCAGGAGCCCCGCUGGCCCCAGUGACUGUCCGUCUCUCCAUUCCACUGCCUGUUACAGAUUUCUUCUGUGACUCCACGGGGAUUGAAAUGAUUCUAGAAGUUAGAUUCCUGUGGGCGACACAGGUAUCUUGCAGUGCUUCAUUCAGCCGUGUAUGUAUUCGAGAACAUUGGGAAACAUUCUAUGAACGCUGUACUGUAUUUUGUAAUAAAAUGUUUUGAAGAUUCCCUA